AGAUGGCGGCCUCAGAAUCAACUGGAGGCAGCCCGAGUACAUCGUCUCCGAACUGGCGAGCAACUAAAAUUCUAAGUUCUCUCAUUUCACAACGGACAACACAUGGGGCAGUUUCUACCCUGCAGACUCUAGGAAAGGCGACUUCGGGAGCCCGCGACCUAGAACCUUUGCAAAGAUGGUGGACCCGAGGCCGGGCUGGCGUCACCGUCCUUUACCAAUAUGGCGGGGGACGGCUUCCGGCCGCGCUUCCCCAAUCCUUUUCAAGAUGUCAGAGCAGAGGCGGCCAAGGAUAGCGUCGGAGCGCUGCCUAAGGAGUGAGUGGCUGCCGCCAAAGGCCGGGGCCGGGACUAGGUGGAGCUGCGGCAGCCUCCGCCCCCGUCAGGAGCUGGCAAGCGCUGUCACCUGUGGGGGCGCAAAAGUUACCGCCCCAAACCCUAAAGCAACACAGCACCACCUUUCCCCGAGUCACAAAAAUCAUAAUGUGUGUCGCACAAGUAGCUGAUGAUAUUCUCUGAUGGACUCCAAGGAAUCAUUAAGCCCCCCCAGUGAAGAAGAAAUCCCUAGCAGUGUGCUUGGUCGGGAGAGGGGAAAUGUGAUGGACUUCUAUAAAACGCUAAGGGGAGGAGCUUCUGUGAAGGUUUCUGCAUCUUCACAGUCACUGGCCGCUGCUUCUCAGUCAGACUCCAAGCAGCAAAGACUUUUGGUGGAUUUUCCGAAAGGCUCAGGAAGCAAUGCACAGCAGCCAGACCUGUCCAAGGCAGUUUCACUCUCCAUGGGACUGUACAUGGGAGAGACAGAAACCAAAGUGAUGGGAAAUGACCUGGGAUUCCCACAGCAGGGCCAAAUCAGCCUUUCCUCUGGGGAAACAGACUUUCAGCUCCUGGAAGAAAGCAUCGCAAACCUCAAUAGGUCGACCAGUGUUCCAGAGAACCCCAAGAGCGCUGCGUCCACUGCUGUUUCUGCUGCCCCCAUAGAGAAGGAGUUUCCAAAAACGCUCUCUGACGUGUCUUCAGAACAGCAGAAUUUGAAGGGCCAGACUGGCACCAACGGCGACAAUGUGAAGUUGUAUACCACAGACCAAAGCACCUUUGACAUUUGGAGGAAAAAACUCCAGGAUUUGGAAUUUUCUUCUGGGUCCCCAGAUAAAGAGCCGAGUGAGAGUCCUUGGCGACCAGAUCUCUUGAUAGAUGAAAACUGUUUGCUUUCUCCUUUGGCAGGAGAGGAUGAUCCAUUCCUUUUGGAAGGAAACUCAAAUGAGGACUGUAAGCCUCUUGUUUUACCGGACACUAAACCUAAAAUUAAGGAUAAUGGAGAUCUGAUCUUAUCAAGCCCCAACAGUAUGUCACUGCCCCAAGUGAAAACAGAAAAAGAAGAUUUCAUUGAACUCUGCACCCCUGGGGUAAUUAAGCAAGAGAAACUGGGCCCAGUUUAUUGUCAGGGAAGCUUUUCUGGGGCAAAUAUAAUUGGUAAUAAAAUGUCUGCCAUUUCUGUUCAUGGUGUGAGUACCUCUGGGGGACAGAUGUACCACUAUGACAUGAAUACAGCAUCCCUUCCUCAGCAGCAGGAUCAGAAGCCUAUUUUUAAUGUCAUUCCACCACUUUCUGUUGGUUCAGAAAAUUGGAAUAGGUGCCAAGGAUCUGGAGAUGACAACUUGGCUUCCUUGGGGACUUUGAACUUCCCUGGCCGAUCGGUGUUCUCUAAUGGCUAUUCAAGCCCUGGAAUGAGACCGGAUGUAAGCUCUCCUCCAUCCAGCUCUGCGGCGGCAACGGGACCACCCCCCAAACUCUGCCUUGUGUGCUCUGAUGAAGCUUCGGGGUGUCACUACGGGGUCUUGACUUGCGGAAGCUGUAAAGUAUUCUUCAAGAGAGCAGUGGAAGGUAGACAGCACAAUUAUCUUUGUGCAGGAAGAAAUGAUUGUAUCAUCGAUAAGAUCCGAAGAAAGAACUGUCCAGCAUGUCGCUAUCGAAAAUGUCUCCAGGCUGGAAUGAACCUGGAAGCUCGAAAAACAAAGAAAAAGAUAAAAGGAAUUCAGCAGGCCACCCCAGGAGUGUCCCAAGACACUUCUGAAAACCCUGCUAACAAAACAGUAGUUCCUGCAACAUUACCACAGCUCACCCCUACCCUGGUGUCCCUGCUGGAGGUCAUCGAACCCGAGGUGUUAUACGCGGGGUAUGACAGCUCUGUCCCAGAUUCGACCUGGCGUAUUAUGACCACACUCAACAUGCUAGGCGGGCGACAAGUGAUUGCAGCAGUGAAAUGGGCCAAGGCGAUACCAGGAUUCAGGAACUUACACCUGGAUGACCAAAUGACCCUGCUGCAAUACUCAUGGAUGUUCCUCAUGGCGUUUGCCCUGGGGUGGAGAUCAUACAGACAAUCGAGUGGAAACAUGCUGUGUUUUGCUCCUGAUCUGAUCAUUAAUGAGCAGAGAAUGAGUCUACCCUGCAUGUAUGAGCAAUGUAAACAUAUGAUGUUUGUUUCCUCUGAGUUACAGAGGCUUCAGGUAUCUUACGAAGAGUAUCUCUGUAUGAAAACCUUACUGCUUCUCUCUUCAGUUCCUAAGGAAGGUCUGAAGAGCCAAGAGCUAUUUGAUGAAAUUAGAAUGACCUACAUCAAAGAGCUAGGAAAAGCCAUUGUCAAGAGGGAAGGAAACUCCAGUCAGAACUGGCAGCGGUUUUAUCAACUGACAAAACUCUUGGACUCCAUGCAUGAUGUGGUUGAAAAUCUCCUUAACUUUUGCUUCCAAACAUUUUUGAAUAAGACCAUGAGUAUUGAAUUCCCAGAGAUGUUAGCUGAAAUCAUCACCAAUCAGAUACCAAAAUAUUCAAGCGGAAAUAUCAAAAAACUUCUGUUUCAUCAAAAGUGACUGCCUUAAUAAGAAAGGUUGCCUUAAAGAAAGUUGAAUUUAUA